AUUAAACAUUCCUUGCCUAAGCAUUCAAAAUUUAAUGUCGAAAAUUGGUUAGCUCGAAAACUUAAAUAGGAUAUGAGAGUCUUCUCCCUGCUGUAUGGCGUCGUUGUCAGGAAUUUAGACAAGCGUGUGCCGGCCCUGCUGAGACCCUUCUGGACCUCACCCACGGGUCCGCAGACGGUCUUCUUUUGGGGUCCUGUCGUCAAGUGGUGUGUAGUUUUGGCUGGGCUGGGCGAUUUGCUUAAUCGACAGCCGCAUUUGAUAUCAAAAAAGCAGACUCUUGUCCUGGCUUUGAGUGGUGUCCUAUGGUCACGCUGGUCUAUGGUUAUCAGGCCCAGGAACUAUAACUAUAUGGCCUGCAAUGCUGUGAUGUCUGCUUCCCAGACCCUGCAGCUGUGGAGGAGCAUUAGCAAUGAUCUGGGCAAGGUGUGGCAGGACUUGUCGUCGGCCCGUGGAGUGUAACGCAAUGGCACUGUCCCACUUUCUAAACAAGACCAUUAAAGGGCCAAAGCAUGCUAACAAAUAAAACCAUUGAGGCUGCUCUGGUUUGUCAUUGCGGCGCCAAUAUUUCACUCGUGAAAUAUUGAUGGAUUGGUUGAUUAAAUCAAGGCAAUAGAUAAUUGAAAGGCCGCAAAAAUGCGAGUGCAAACAGCUGCGUUUCCCCUUCUACUAACCACGAUUGUCAGGGUGCUGAGUCCGUCCCGCUCCACGUAGAUCGUUGUGGCGCUUCCCUCCGCGAUGGCAAUCUGAAAUUAUGAAACAUAUUCAAUAUGUGUGCACGCUGGCUGCGCAUAACGGUAGCCGUUUCUCACAAUAAAGCCAUUCAA